GCUGGCUUUCCACGCUCGCACGGCACCUCCCCGCGGAGGCCUAGGCUCUGCGCUACAGCCCCGCCGGAGCCUCUCUUUCCCAGCUGGGACCCGCCCGCCGGGGGCGGAGCUGGGCCAGGUGCGGGCCGGGGCGUGGCAGGCGCCACUAGCGCCUGGUGCGGCUUCCGCGUCAACAUGGCCGUGCGCCGCCGUUUCGCUGCCGGGGUCCGGCUGCUGCUUGUGGCCUUCGGCCUCCUGUGCUGGGCCCCAGCGGCCGUGGACGCCGUCCCCGAGCUCGGCCUCUGGACGGCGACGGUCAAUGACAAAUCAGGACCUUUGAUAUUUAGGAAAACUAUGUUUAACUCUACUGAGAUCAAGUUUUCUGUUAAGUCAUUCAGUUGUUCCGGGCCUGUGAAGUUUACAAUAGAGUGGUAUUUGAAGUAUCAUGUCUGUCACAACGACUAUGCUGAUCUAGAGGAGCUGUCCCAAAAGCAUGAACUUCGUGGUGAUGAAGAUUUUUGUGGUUAUUUCAAGAAUACUGACUGUUGGACAACGAAAAUUGAAAACUUAGAUUGUAACAGUGAUUUACAGGUGUUUCCUUCGCUGAAUAAUAAAGAGCUAACAAGUAACAGAAGUAUCUCAAACCAGGAAGGAUCAAUGGAUGUUGUAGCAAGGACACAGAAAGAUGGGUUUCAUAUCUUUAUUGUUUCUGUUAAAACGGAAAAAACAGAUGCCAGCUGGAAUUUGAAUGUUUCUCUUUCUAUGAUGGGGCCGCAUGGAUAUAUCUCUGCAUCAGAUUGGCCUCUAAUGAUCUUCUACAUGGUGAUGUGCAUUGUUUAUAUAUUAUAUGGUGUGCUCUGGCUGAUGUGGUCUGCCUGCUACUGGAAAGAUAUAUUAAGAAUACAGUUCUGGAUUGCUGCUGUUAUUUUCCUAGGAAUGCUUGAAAAAGCAGUUUUUUAUUCUGAAUACCAAAACAUCAACAACACUGGACUGUCAACCCAAGGUCUCUUGAUCUUUGCGGAGUUGAUAUCUGCGAUAAAGAGGACCUUGGCCCGCCUGCUUGUGAUCAUCGUGAGCCUGGGCUACGGCAUUGUGAAGCCUCGGCUGGGAACAGUCAUGCACCGUGUGAUUGGACUGGGACUGCUUUACUUUAUCUUUGCAGCUAUUGAAGGCGUGAUGCGAGUCAUUGGGGCGAAUGACUCUGACCUUGUUCUUCUGGCCAGCCUCCCCCUCUCUCUCCUUGACUCGGGCUUGUGCUGGUGGAUUUUUAUAAGUUUGGCACAAACAAUGAAGACACUAAGACUAAGAAAAAAUACAGUGAAAUUUUCCUUAUAUAGGCAUUUUACAAAUACUCUCAUCUUUGCUGUGCUAGCUUCUGUAGUGUUUAUGGUAUGGACAACUAAGACAUUUAGAAUGGCAAAAUGCCAAUCAGAUUGGAUGGAACUCUGGGUUGAUGAUGCGUUUUGGAGCUUCCUUUUCUCAGUUAUCCUUAUUGUAAUAAUGUUUUUGUGGAGACCAUCUGCAAAUAAUCAAAGAUAUGCCUUCAUGCCCUUAAUAGAUGAUUCCGAUGAUGAAGUCGAAGAAUUCAUGGUCACACCUGAAAAUUUAACUGAAGGAAUAAAAUUAAGAGCCUCAAAAACAGUUUCCAAUGGAACAGCUAAACCUGCUACUUCUGAUAAUUUUGAUGAAGAUUUGAAGUGGGUUGAAGAAAAUAUUCCCUCUUCAUUCACAGAUGUAGCUCUGCCGGUGUUAGUGGAUUCAGAUGAGGAAAUUAUGACCAGAUCUGAACUGGCUGAAAAAAUGUUCUCUUCAGAGAAGAUAAUGUGACUGGAGCCCGCGUCGGUGAAGCCGAGUCACGGCAAAGGACUCGUCCCUCAGGCCUGAGAAAGCUUUGUGUGUGGCAGCGCAGCGAGCUCGUCCUGUGCCAUCUGGGAGGCGCACAUCCACGAUGCAGGACUCGGCGGCGGGAGGCCGUGUGCCGCGCCUGGUGCCGGCGGGACGCCCAUUGAGCCACCUGGACUUGGAGGGAUCCGGGAAGAGUAGCAGCACCGUGGAGAGGCGUGCACGCGCCUCUCAGCGGCGGUGUAGGCUGGUGCCCUGGCUUCCAGCUCUUUUCUCUGGAAAACAUGACAAUUCCAGGUUUUUAAAAGUUUAUAUAAACAGGCCUGCUGUACUUUGCACUCAGCUCUGAGGGGUGGGGGGUGCGAGUCUGCUGAGGUGGUGGAGUGUGUCGGUGUCUCCAUCUUUGGGAUUCACAGAUACGGGUGCGAAGGUCGUUUCCUUUUUCUUUCACACCGAGGGCACUUCACCUUGGCGCCUGGGCCUGUGUGUGUGUCUCAUUUGCCCUCGUCGGAGGUCUGCACAGUGCACUUGUCUAGAAGUACUGCUGUGCACGUGGGUCCACGAGAGAAGGCCUGAGGGUCACUGCUAGAGGCCUGCUCUGGCCCAUCCCACCGUCUGGCACGGGCGCGGCCACACGUCCAGCGACCUGGCUCCCCGCGAAGCCCCCUCAGCCAGGCAGGCCCCCCCGCUCCUGUGAGCCCUGCGGAAGCCGGAACUGUCAUUUGCAUCACCGUGGUAUUUUCUUUUUCAUAAUAAAGACAUAUUUAACUAGGCAGUACAUCAGGUUAACUUGUAAUUUAGCAACUUUCAACCAUGCUUUACACCUUAUUUUGUUAUAUUAUUGGGUAAUGUGUGAUUUGAAAUUUUUUGUUUUAGUAUCUUUUUAAAAAAUACAGACUGUCCUAAACUUGAAAGGCAAUUGAAUGUAAUAUAAAAAUGUGAACGUUUUGCUGCUUUCAUGACCAAAGAUGCAGGGCUAGUGCAGAAGAGGAGGGGCCGGUGGAACCUUCGUCUUGCUCUAAAGGAGCGCUUUCUUCAUGGGUUGAGAGUGACCUCAGAAUUUCUCUUGAGAAACAUGAAAGUCAUCUGCCAGACAGACACUUAAAACAUAAUUUUUUCACUGUGAAUCCAUAAAAACUAAUUUUUUAAUUUGUUUCUGAAGCCUACUUUUUUUGGGUACUUCUUUAUACAUGUUAAAGAAAUUAGUAAAGAUUUAUUUCUAUUCGUAGUGUCUCUUGAAAGAUAUUUGCAAAUGUGUUUUCAAUAGUGAACAUCUGGCAGGGGAAUGGUGCUGGCAGAUGUUCUGGAGAAGGGCCUGGUUCUCCAGAUGCCGUUGCCUGGGCUGGCCUUCCUGGGAGAAGGAGGGCUCAGAACAGCGUGGGUUCCAUUCUUGAGUUCGGUUCCUGCCCGCCCACUCGGGCCCAGCUGAAUGUCUGCGUUGGUUUGCACGUUGUCUGCCUUUAGCCUGGUUGGUUCGGACCAGAUCAGACGAGGUGCCCGUCUAAUCCUCCGGCCCUGGAGUCUGGGCACUUCGAUCCCCGGCUCACCACACAGCUCAAGUUGAAAUGUGCAGUGUGGAGGCCUGGGCUUGCGGCCACAGAGGGGCUAGGGCUUGGCGGGGCGGGGAUGGGAGUUGGCUGUGAGGGCGAUGCUACGGAAGCUGCCUCUGACACAGCCUCAGCCGUGGUUGCAGAGACUUGUUUCAGCCCCUGGCAAGACAAAUGGUGUUGGUUGUGUGGGGUAGCUGCCCGCCAGAGUGCCACCUUUCUCCUUCCAAAGAAGCAUCUCCUAGUCACCUCAGAAAUGUUUGUAGAAGGGCAUGUGCUCGCCUUGCUUUUGCGUCAUCUGCUGAUGCUUGAGGACCUGAGCUGAGGGUUCCUCUGGGCCCUUCUUAACCCCACAUGUGCACAGGAGCGAGCACCAGUGCCGCGCCCGCGUGCCGCUGCCCAGCUCCUCCUGCCAGCCUCGGCCAGGCGUGGGGCUCCAGGGCUGCCCCCUUAGUCUUCCAGGGGCUCGUGGCUGCUCACCAGGGUGGGUCUCCCUGACGGUACGGGUUCAGCAAAACCUGUUUGGGGGGAAAUGCUUACAAGUUCCUGCCAUCCAGUCCAUGUUAGUUUUGUGCAACAUGUGAAAUUUAAGAGGAAAUUUUCAUGACUUGGUUUAGAUUAGUAAAUAUUUUCUUGGAAGCAUAGUCAAUUUAUUUCAAAAUUAAGGAAAAAUAGGUGAAUUAUUUAAGCCUCCGAGAUGUUAAGAUAUUCUCAUACUUUUCCUGUAAAGAAAAUAAUUUUAUCUUUCAUAUAUUAUAGAAUACCAACCUUCUGUAUUACAAUACAUGUUUGUACUCCUAUAAUGUCAAUACUGGAAGUAUUAAAAAUUAUAUAUAAUGUUGAUCUUUAUACUCUCUCUUUGAAAGAGGUUUGGGUCCAUCUCACUAGCUCUGCACUAAGGCGGAGAGAUGUUCCACCAGGUUUAUGCAUCUGGUUCUGGUACUUGGGUCUUUAUAGGGUCAGCAGCACGCAGGAAGCAUACAGAACCCCAGGCCUUAUCCUCCUAAGACAUGGUUGGCGCCAUGAGCAUACCAAAUGGAUAUAUGCCAGAAGUAGAAUUUGAAGAUGUGCAUAUUAUAGCGUAGGAAGUCAGUACUGUGUUAGAAGCUUCUUUAGAACUAGGAAAACAUUUAUUUGGGGAGAAAGUUUAGUGACUUAAAAAGUUGUAUAUUUUUAUUUAAAAAGGCUAAAUUAUUCUAUAAUUUAGAGGUUCCUUUGAAUGAAGGAUUUUUUUUGAAAAAUUGAUGUAUUUUUGUGCCUUAAUAUCUGUUUUACUUGUAAUAAAAUGCUUUGUGAAAUUU